AUGGCUCCCUCAGCGACGAGCAAUGGUGGCUCCAUUCCGGUCAAGGCGGACAUAAGCAAGAACCGUGCGGUGGUCAUUUCAGGGAUCAAUGACAUCACCGUUCAAGACUGGCCUGUGAAGCUGGAUUCGUACCGGGAUAGCCCGACAUACGUUGCCGGUUCACCACUACCGAGUGGUAAAGCCCUUGUCCGGAUUCGCGCUGGGGGAAUCUGUGGCUCAGAUAUCCACUUCUGGAAAGAGGGCCGUGCAGGCCCUGAUAUCAUCGAAGAACCUUUCAUCAUCGGGCAUGAAGCUGCUGGGGAAGUCAUUCAGGUCGCUGAUGAUGUCAAAUCGUGGGCACCUGGUGAUCGUGCCGCGAUUAAACCGGCUCUUCCCUGUUUGGCUUGCGACGAGUGUACGACCGGCUUUUCCAAUAUCUGUAGCUCGAUAGAGUAUUACGGAGUACCGGGACCCGGGCGGCAGGAUGGUUUGCUCACCAACUACAAGAUUGUCCCGGUCACCGCACUGGCUCGCCUGACGCCCAAAAUCUCAUGGGUCGAGGCUGGUGCGAUACAGCCUUUUGCCAUCGCUAUCCAGAUGACUCGGCAAGCUGGACUGAAGGCAAACCAAACCGUGUUGGUCCUCGGGGGUGGGUGUAUCGGGUUGCUGCUGGGAGCAAUCGCCAAAGCAUAUGCCGCAAAGAAAGUAGUCGUCUUUGAGGUGCAGCCUCACCGGGCGGAAUUCGCAAAGACAUAUUGUGCAGAUCAGGCAUUUGUCAAUCCGCCCCGCCACCCGAACGAGACGACAGAAGAAUAUUCCAGCAGAGUUGCCAAAGACAUCCUAAGCUCUGUGGAUGGGCUCCACCGGGGGUUUGACGUUGUGGUGGAAGCUGCAGGCGCCGAAGAGUGCAUGCAGAUCGGACUCCACGUCUGUCGACCUGGAGGGACUUACGUCCAAGUUGGACUGCUCAACGGCCAGUUUCCUCGGCUUCCGAUAAUGGAUAUUUGCUCCAAGCAGCUCAACGUGCGAGGAACCUGGAGAUAUAGUACCAACUGUUUCGAAGACGCCAUAUCGCUGAUUGACAGAGGCCUGGUCGAUGCGAAGUCACUGAUCAGCCACGUCUUUCCCUUUGAGCAGAGUCUGGAGGCGUUUGAGACCGUCCAUGAAGUCAAGGCGAAAGAUGGCAGGCAUGUCUUUAAAGUGGUCAUCUCCGACGAGAAACUGUAG